ACAGGCCGCUCAGUAGUCAGCCGCAGUGUGUCGCAUCAACUUCGAGCGCGAGCACGUUCGAAUCGCGCGCAUGUACCGCGUACACCUUUAUUUUUUUUAAGCACCGAGAGUGUGACAUAAAGAUCGUUUCUUUUCGCGGUGACUGUGAAUUUUUUUCUGGGUCGAAUUUCGAAAAGUCGCAGUGUGUGAGUGACAGCUGGUGCGGAGAACGGGAGCUGAUGGUAAAUUAUACACACGGCAUGUGCAUGCGUGACAUGGAUUGAAUGUCAAUCGACGUUUGUUCGCUCUGUUUUUGUCGUGGAUUUUGAUAUAAAACUAAGGAAACCAAGCAUCAGCUCUUGACUCAAGCCACAAAGAAGUCGUUCACUCGCUUAAAAAGAAAAAAAAAUGCUGGUCAUCGGUCUGCUCUUCGUGGCCACAGUGAGCGGUGCCGCGGCUAUAGACCACCUGCACGUCAAGUACCAGUGGAAGCAGAUAGACUACGACUGGCCGAACGAGGAGACUAAACGACUGUUUCCGAAGUAUAAACAGGAGGACAAUCUACCGCUCGGACUCGAGGUCGCUGGAGAUCGGCUCUUCAUUACGGUACCGCGAUGGAGACAAGGCGUCGUCGCCAGUCUUAAUUACAUCAAAAUUAAUGACUCUCGAACAUCGCCACCGCUCAUACCCUACCCUUCGUGGGAGGCUCACCAAUACAGCGGCGGCUCACCUCCGGAGAUCGUCUCGACCUUCCGCGUACGUGCCGAUCGCUGCAAUCGACUUUGGGUCCUGGAUACCGGUCUGUCCGACAUCCUCGGAGCACCGGAGCAGGAUUCUGUACCCACGCUUCUGGUUUACGAUCUGACCAACGACCAGCUUCUCCGCAAGUACCCGAUUCCCGAUGACCACCGAACCUACGAGUCGCUGUUUGCCAACAUCGCAGUCGAGGAUUACGACUGCGAUGACUCGUACGGCUAUCUCGGAGAUCUGGGCGGGCCUGGUUUGGUCGUCUAUUCCUGGAAACUGGCCAAGUCAUGGCUGGUGAAGCAUCACUACUUCCAUCCGGAUCCUCAGUCCGGUGAAUUCAACGUCGGCGGUAUCCCCUUCCAGUGGUCGGACGGCAUUUUCGGAUUAGCCCUGGCGCCGACCGGAGACGGUUACAGCACACUCUACUUCCAUCCGCUGUCCAGCACUAUGGAGUUCGCCGUUAGUACGAGGCUUCUGCGUGAUCCUGAGAGAGUUGCUUCGUCAGAAGCCUUCCAUCAGUUCCAAGUACUGGGCUCGCGCGGACCUAACGGUCAGAGCAGCGUCAGUUUCCUCGACCCGGAGACCGGAAUUCUGAUUUACGCCCUGACGAACUUGAAUGCAAUUGCGUGCUGGCGAACCGGCACCAAGUACAGCAUACAGCAACAGGGUAGGGUCUACAUGGACAACGUCACGAUGGUCUUUCCCAAUGACCUGAAGAUAGAUCGGAACGGCACGAUCUGGGUGUUGUCCGACCGAUUGCCGGCCUUCAUGUACCACACGCUCGACCCCAACGACUAUAACUUUCGGAUCCUCGCCGGGACCGUCCGUGAAGCGGUCCAAGGCACGAUAUGUUCGAUGGGUAUGUCAGAUCGAACUACCACCCCCAGUACCAAAUGGCCCAAGUCUUACGACAACCGGGCCAACCGACUGCCCGUCCGAAGCGGUGAAGCCCAGCAAGGUCCGAACUUCGUCUCUAUCGGACUCGCCGCCACUGCCGCGACAAUUUUACGGCUCCUCGCGAUACGGGCCUAAUAUCGACCAGUAUUUUUGGUACGCCGUUAGCCUCAUUCCUGUGCUCAAUUUCCUCGCGAGGUACGUCGAGAGGCGGUACAUGAGGUGGAAUGCUUAGCGAAGAUCGUGAAAAUGUUCGUGUAUCUGUACGAUUAUUACAUGCAUUUCUAUGUGAGACUGGAAAAUUCGACGCGUUGAGGAGUAAUCCAAGAUAUUUGAUUGGUACAUGCGUUUGAAUUUUGACUUUAAUGUCGAUGGAUAUAGUUUUUGGAAAGCACACGGAAUGAAGGUUGACUGUUAUCUUGUUAAUCAAAGAACGAGUUGUGUUUUUAGCUUUGUAAGCUCUUAUUUUUUACGUUUUUAGUUUUUAAUUUAUAGAUUCUUUAUAACUGAGAAGAUCGUUUGUAGAUUUUAUACCACAAAUAAAUAUAUUUGUUUAUAAGCCACUAAAUUUAAGACAGCAGUAUAUAGGCUUUGGCUGUUAAGAUGAAUAUAGAAUUUUGAGUUAUCUGUGCAUAACUACAACUGCCAUUAGAUUAUAUUUUAAAAUCAAACUGUAAAAAUUAUACUCGUAUUAAUGUCUUACAGUUGGUGCACAUUGUAAUUGAAUAAAUAUGUGUUAAUUUGUAAGAUGUUACCAAAAAAUCAUUCUUAUCAAUGUCAAGUAUAAAAAAUUGAAAUUCAUUGACUAGAUCCAAUCGGUGCGUUUAGGCUAGUGAGUAUUUAUGCAUACAGCGAACGUUGUCACAUGCUCCGGUGUAUUUGGAUUUGGAUCACAAAUUGUCAUAUUUUUGCGCUACAAAUGUUAUUUAAGUUAUUUUUUAUUUUAGUACUUUUUUAACGAUUGUUCAGUUGGAAAUUUGAAGCAUGAUAUUAUUUUUGUAAACCCAAAUAAAUACUCUUAUGGUAAAAUAA